AUGGUAAAGAAAAUAAAACUCUCGUUCCUAAACAAGAACACUUCGUCGUCAACGUUUUCUUCUUUUUCAUCAUCUUCUUUCUCUUCAUGGUCAUUGCCUUCUUGUCUUCAACAAAAUCCUAAAACAAUAUCCAAAAAUGUCAAGGAACCCGAACCACCUCCACGUAGCUUCUCCUCCACCACCGACGACGUCAUGGAAAAUCCACCGGAGAUAGAAUGUAUAGAGAAUGUGAUAAGACGACUAAAAUCACCAAAAAGACUCAUAUUUGAACGCAGGGGAAAAUCCAACUCUAUACUCGAAGAAGCUACUAAGAGAGAAGAAGAAGAAGAUGCUCAUGAGGAAGAAGAUGGUUUCACGCUCUUGUCCUUGGAAUCAAACGAUCCUCACUCUGAUUUCAAGAAAGCCAUGGGAAAGAUGGUUGAAGCACGCGCGCUUCAUCAUGAUUGGAGAAGCCUCGAGGAGCUUCUUUUCUUGUUCUUGAAAGUGAACGUCAUUUCAAGCCACAAAUACAUCUUCGCAGCAUUCGUCGACUUGCUCUUAAACUUGGCAGUAGGAUUUUCUAAAGACGUCGCCAGAGAACCUCGUCCCGACCUCGCCAAGGAGUCUCCGUUGUCGCCAAUAUCAUCUUACACGUCGUACUCGUCCUCCGAUGAGACUUCGUCAAGGGCUUGCCGGGGAAUCCGAUAG